AUGUUUCCUACUGAAGCUCCGCCGAUUAUUUUAAUUGGUCACAGUAUGGGUGGCGCUGUCGCUGUGCAUGUGGCCCAAAAAAGAGCCAUACCUUCGUUUGCUGGACUUGUUGUUGUCGAUGUUGUUGAGGGUACCGCUCUUGAAUCAUUGUACAGCAUGACCACCUUCCUUCGCAGCAGACCUCAGGGCUUUCGUUCACUUGUCGAUGGUAUUUCUUGGUGUGUCCGCAGUGGCCAAAUUCACAACGUAGAAUCGGCGUGCAUCUCCUUUCCUGGUCAGUUGAAACGCAUUGCUACGGGCGAGAGCGCUACACGCGAGUUGGAUAAAGGCACAGCGCUGAUCGAUGCCAGUGAUCCUUGCAGCCCAGCUUCCUGUUCGCCUUCUUCUCCCACCACCACUAACUUCUCCCACUCCUCCAAACCCUUUGCUUCCAGCACCACCACCAUCUCCGAGGAAGAGGAACCGGAGGAGAAUGAGGAAGCAUCCGUAGUACCGCGUUUCGUAGAGAAGGGCAAUGGUGAAAUGAAACGAUCUCAACCUCCUUCUCCCCCUCAUCUCCUUCCACCUAUAUCCAUGCCAGCCACGGAGACCGCUGUUAGGCCGUCUGUGCCAAUGUCGGAUGCCACGGGCGCCUACACUUGGCGGAUAGAUCUCUCCAAGACCGAGCCCUUCUGGCGUGGUUGGUUUUCUAAUAUGUCCUCACUUUUCCUAUCUGUUCCGGAGCCCAAACUCCUUCUUGUGGCUGGAGUUGAUCGGCUAGACAAGGAGCUGACUAUCGCUCAGAUGCAAGGUGAGGAGUUACCACCCUCUUGUUCUGGCUCUAAUCGCUGA